AUGGACUUUUCACCUUUCCCAGACCAAACCGAGGAGCUGGACGCUAUCAGCUCAUCCUUUCAAGCCAUCUUCGACCGGCUCCUACAGACAACUCAAAGUGUUAGCAAAGACCCCAUUAUACGGUUGGCUGACCCGGCAGAGAUUUCCAGGCUGAGAGUGAUCAGUACUCCAGGGACGGCUCAUCCAGUACGUGACGCAAUAGAAGAUGCGUUCACCAUAUCUGACUUUCGCUUUCGGAUGAAUCACCCUCGGACGUUUGCCUUCAUUCCAGCUCCUGUAUCUCCCCUAUCGUGGAUAGGGGACUGCCUAACGAGCGCUUUCAAUUCGUUCGCUGGAUCGGCCCUUCAAGGCCCAGGUGUGGCUAUUGUCGAGCAGACACUUCUGCAGUGGCUCGCCUCCAAGGUUGGACUUCCAGACAGUGCUGGAGGUGUCUUUGUGUCGGGUGGUUCUAUGGCCAAUAUGAGUGGUAUGGUGUUGGCAAGAGACCGUAUCUUAGAAGAAGGAACCGAGAGCUUGGGGAUCGCAUAUCUCUCUGAUCAAACACACCACUCAGUGAUAAAAUCCCUUCGGAUUAUAGGCAUAAAGCGCACCCAGAUACGUAUCAUACCAACAAAUUCUUUCCAGAUGGAUAUUACUGUACUCAAAAAAACCAUCAAGGCCGACCGCGCUGCAAAUCUUAAACCAUUCGUCAUCGUGGGUACAUGUGGGACGACAAACACAGGCACCAUUGAUCCGUUGGAGGCCCUGGCCGAAAUCCGAGACGAUGAAAAGAUAUGGCUUCACAUUGAUGGGGCUUUUGGUGCAUCUGCGGCCCUUGGUGCUACGAGGAGUGCAGUUACGAGAGGUCUUGGGCUUGCAGACAGUAUCUCUUGGGACGCGCACAAGUGGCUUUUUCAAACAUAUAGCUGCAGUCUGAUCCUGGUGAGGAAUAAGAUGGAUCUUGCAAAGGUUUAUGCCAAUGAUGGGGACUAUCUGCGUGACGCUCUUGAGCACGAAGAGAUUCCCGACUUUUGGAACCUCGGCAUGGAACUUACCCGCCCUUCGCGCGCUCUGAAGCUUUGGUUCACAUUGCGAGUUCUCGGUGUAGAACGUAUUGGAAAGAUGGUUGACCACGGUUUCGACCUCGCCGAGAUUGCCGAAGCUGAGGUUAGAAAGCUACCAGACUGGGAAGUCAUCAGUCCAGCAAGUAUGGCGAUCGUCACAUUUCGAUACGCUCCUCUGGGAAAGACCGAGGAAGAGCUAGAUGGUCUCAAUGCGGCCAUUUCAAGGCAUCUACUAGAGAAUAACAUUGCAGGGCUUUUGACCACAAAGGUGAGAGGUAGGGUUGUUCUUAGGAUCUGCUCAAUCAGCCCCGUGCUGAAACAAGAGGAAAUGGUGGAUAUUAUUGUACAAGUCAGCCAGGCUGCAAAACUCGUUGCAUAA